CGCUACUGCGCAUGUUGCAUGACAGGUACACGCAAGCCUCCAUCUUGGGCAUCCCGCGCUGAGGCGAAAGGGCAGAAGCCAUAUACACAUUGAUUCAAAAAUAAAAAGCAGGCGCGGAAACCCCCAAAAUUGGCAAUUUGCCGAGAUGUAGUCUAACUUUUCUCCUUAAAACCCACUCAACAAAUUGCUUCUCACAAGUAAGCAGAGAGCAGAAUGGAAAAGAAAAUCAGCGGCUGGUCUGGAAGGCUCUGAUAAGGAUUAUUUGCACAGUCAGUUUAUCUGGAUCUAGCUUUCUGAGGAAUUAAAAGGUGACAAACCCAAACGGACCAAAUCAGAUCGAAAUGGGUGUGACGAAGGUCACCGUAUUUCUCCUGGUCCUCUCUCUUUGUAUAGAGGCAGGAUCAGCCAAAGAAAAAGGAACUAAGAAGGGGAAGAAGAAGGGGAAGCAGGUUUACUGUCCAUCACAGCUGUCAUCCGAGGAUCUGGCUCGAGUCCCUGCAAAUUCAACCAGUAACAUCUUGAACAGGUUACUGAUCAGCUAUGAUCCCAGAAUAAGGCCCAACUUCAAAGGAAUUCCUGUGGAGGAUAGAGUGAACAUUUUCAUCAACAGCUUUGGCUCGAUCCAAGAAACGACCAUGGAUUACAGGGUCAACAUCUUCCUGCGGCAGCGCUGGAAUGACCCCAGGCUGAAACUGCCAGAUGACUUCAAGUCAGAUUCGCUCACAGUUGAUCCCAAGAUGUUUAAAUGCCUCUGGAAACCUGACCUGUUCUUUGCUAAUGAGAAAAGCGCUAACUUCCACGAUGUUACCCAGGAGAACAUUCUCCUCUUCAUCUUCCGUAAUGGAGAUGUCCUCAUCAGUAUGAGAUUGUCCAUCACACUUUCCUGUCCACUGGAUUUGACCUUGUUUCCGAUGGACACACAGAGGUGUAAAAUGCAGCUCGAAAGUUUUGGCUACACCACAGAUGACCUGCAGUUCAUGUGGCAAACAGGAGACCCUGUGCAAAUGGAUGAAAUCGCUCUGCCACAGUUUGAUAUAAGACAAGAAGAUAUUGAUUAUGGAAACUGCACCAAAUUCUAUGAGGGAACAGGGUACUACACUUGUGUGGAGGUUAUUUUCACCCUACGGCGACAGGUUGGCUUCUACAUGAUGGGCGUUUAUGCCCCAACGCUGCUUAUUGUAGUCCUUUCCUGGCUGUCCUUCUGGAUCAACCCUGAUGCAAGUGCCGCCAGGGUUCCUUUAGGUAUCCUCUCUGUGCUCUCGUUGUCCUCUGAGUGCACCUCCUUGGCUUCAGAGCUGCCCAAAGUGUCCUACGUUAAGGCCAUCGACAUCUGGCUCAUUGCUUGCCUGCUGUUUGGUUUCGCCUCGCUGGUGGAGUAUGCCGUGGUUCAGGUGAUGCUCAACAGCCCAAAGCGCAUCGAGGCAGAAAAGGCCAAGAUGGCGUCUAAGGAGAAGGCUGCUGGAAAGAGUCCUGCUGCCAGGAACAACACCCUAAAUGGGACCGGAGGGACGCCGCUUCAUGUCAGCACCUUGCAUGUGGCUGAAACCCGCUGCAAGAAGGUGUGCACCUCUAAAUCAGACCUGAGGACCAACGACUUCAGCAUUGUGGGGUCACUUCCGCGGGACUUUGAAUUGUCUAAUUUUGACUGCUACGGAAAGCCCAUUGACACCGGCAGCGGUCUUGGUAAAUCCCAGUUAAAAAACAACAAGAAACCCCCUCCUCCAAAACCAGUCAUCCCCUCUGCUGCCAAAAGAAUUGACCUUUACUCCAGAGCCCUCUUCCCUUUCUCCUUCCUCUUCUUCAAUGUGAUUUACUGGUCCAUAUACUUGUGAUUAUCAUUAACAGUGAUGCCUUCUUUCUUUAUUUCAUUCUUUAUUGAUCAAAUUGCAUACAAAGACUUCAGAAAAACGUGACAAAAAAAAGUAUUUCAAAAUUAAACAUGUGAAAAAUGUGACCCUUGCUCAUAGAAAAUUACUGCUGAGAAGAAAAUAAAACCAUUAUGUAAUAUUAAAACAUCUAUGUGCACAUAAAAAAAAAACACUUUGUAUCUCAAGCAAUGACAAAAACCUCUUGUUUCUUAUCUUUCCUAAAGUAGACAUGUAGUAUCUUAUAGAGAAAUUAUUUAUUCAUCAAUAGUGGUACUUGAGAGAGAUUUACAGGAAAGCUGGUAUAAAUCUGUGGUGAUGAAUGGUGUGUAAACAAAUCCACGGGAAUUGAUUGUGUAAGAACGCAGAGAUAUAUUAAAGAGCAUUUGUAAAUAGCUAUUUGAUUUUAUUUAUUUAUUUAUUUUUUUGCCCUUGCCCAGUGGGAGUGAGCUUGCAAUAAGUUAAAUCAUCGUUAUGUAAGCUUUGAUGCAAAGUGUAACAUUGUAAUUACCUUGCAUGUUAAAAAAUGUUGCAUGUAUAUGUAGACAGAAAUAUUGUUAUACAUAUUAUAUAUUACAUUUUAUUAUGCGGAUUUGCUCUUGAAAGGACAAGUGGAUGCACUCCUGUUUCUGUUCAGAUGGUCAUGUGACACUGCCACUCCAAACAUUGUUAGACUUGACACUUCCCACCGUUAGCCUAUGUAAAUGGCUCACUGCUGAACUGUGACCAUGAAUUUGUGAGAUUUACAAGCAGAGAUAAAUAAAUGAUCAAAUGACUUUUCACCAUUUGAUGUGAAUAAAAAUUAUCACAAAGACAA